UUUAAUAUAUUUAAUGGGCCAUCACUGAAACCUCUUUGGAACAUGUGGGCCUACGGCCCAACCCAAUGGUCACCUUGAACGAUUCGGGUUGAUUUGUUCCGGGUUUUACCGGCCCGAAGUUCGACCCGAGAUCACAAUUUCUCCCAAAAGAUGUCUCGGUCGUCGUCGAUUCUCUCAUCACUCAGCCAAGGGAACGAACAAACCCUCUUUCUCUCCGUCGAGUUGCCGUUCCGAUUCCCUAAACCCUAGCUUCAGCUAAUUUAUUCAUCAGAUUGAGGGUUGUCAAACGCUUCGAUUUCUCAUGCCGAUUUAGGGUUUUGUUCUUUUUGGUGAUUAGGAUUCAGAAUCGUCGACUAAACGAUCAGAAUGUCGAAGAGGAAGUUCGGCUUUGAAGGGUUUGGAAUCAAUCGACAAACUACUUACAAUUUCGAGCGCUCCCAAGCUCCCCAGAGGCUUUAUGUCCCUCCCUCGUCGCGCGGCCAUGGGCACGACAAUUAUGAAGAUACAGACGUUGAUAAUAUAGAAUAUGAUGAUAAUGAAGCGGAGGAGGCGAGUGGAAAUGGCGACAAUGUCGCUGGCGCUGGCGGUGGUGAAGAAGAAGAAAUUGACCCUUUAGAUGCGUUCAUGGAGGGAAUUCACGAAGAGAUGAAAGCACCCCCGCCCCCGAAACCGAAGGAGAAAGUGGAUAAGUAUAGGGACGACGAGGAGGAUGAUCCAAUGGAGAGCUUUCUUAAGGCUAAGAAGGACGUGGGACUGACGCUGGCUGCUGAUGCGCUUCAUGCUGGUUAUGAUUCGGAUGAGGAGGUUUAUGCGGCAGCUAAGGCUGUGGAUGCAGCGAUGGUUGAGUACGACUCUGAUGAUAAUAUGCUGAUUGUUGAGAAGAAAAAAAUUGAAUCAAUUCCUGCUCUAGAACAUAGUUCCAUUGAUUACGAGCCGUUCAAUAAGGAUUUCUACGAGGAGAAAGCUUCAAUAUCAGGGAUGAGUGAGGAGGAAGUUUCUGAGUACCGGAAGAAUUUGGCUAUUCGUGUGUCGGGUUUUGACGUUCCUAGGCCAAUUAAAACAUUUGAAGACUCUGGAUUUUCCCUUCAACUUAUGAAUGCUAUAAAAAAGCAAGGGUAUGAGAAACCUACUUCUAUACAGUGCCAAGCUAUGCCGAUUGUGCUUUCCGGGAGAGAUAUCAUUGGAAUAGCAAAAACGGGUUCCGGUAAGACUGCUUCUUUUGUUCUUCCAAUGAUUGUUCAUAUUAUGGAUCAACCUGAACUUGAAAAAGAAGAGGGUCCUAUUGGAGUGAUAUGUGCCCCCACCAGAGAACUCGCUCACCAAAUAUACCUCGAGUGUAAAAAAUUUUCAAAAGUACACGGGCUACGUGUCUCUGCAGUAUAUGGUGGGAUGUCUAAAUUUGAUCAGAUAAAAGAACUCAAAGCUGGAUGCGAGAUAGUUGUUGCCACUCCCGGCAGACUGAUAGAUAUGAUAAAAAUGAAAGCCUUGACAAUGUCAAAAGCCACAUACUUGGUACUUGAUGAAGCGGAUAGAAUGUUUGACCUUGGAUUUGAACCCCAAAUUCGCUCCAUUGUUGGUCAGAUUCGGCCAGACCGUCAAACCUUGCUCUUUUCUGCAACAAUGCCUCGUAAGGUUGAAAAGUUAGCUCGAGAAAUUCUCACCGAUCCUGUACGAGUUACGGUUGGAGAGGUUGGGAUGGCUAAUGAAGAUAUCACACAGGUUGUUCAUGUACUUCCUUCUGAUCUGGAGAAGUUGCCUUGGCUUCUUGAGAAGUUACCUGAAAUGAUUGAUGAUGGGGAUGUAUUGGUGUUUGCUUCUAAAAAAGCCACAGUGGAUGAGAUUGAAUCUCAACUCCUACAGAAAGGUUUUAAGGUUGCAGCUCUUCAUGGUGACAAAGAUCAGGCAUCACGAAUGGAAACUCUGCAAAAGUUUAAAUCUGGUGUUUAUCAUGCUCUUAUUGCAACUGAUGUUGCUGCCCGUGGGCUUGACAUUAAGUCAAUCAAGUCCGUUGUAAACUUUGAUAUUGCAAAGGACAUGGACAUGCAUGUUCAUCGUAUUGGUAGAACAGGUCGUGCUGGUGACAGGGAUGGGAAAGCACACACCCUUAUAACUCAGAAAGAGGCUCGCUUUGCUGGCGAAUUAGUCAAUAGUUUGAUUGCUGCUGGCCAGAAUGUUUCAAUGGAACUGAUGGAUCUGGCCAUGAAGGAUGGGCGAUUCAGGUCGAAGCGUGAUGCAAGAAAAAAAGGAGGCGGCGGCGGCGGCGGUGGGUAUUUGCCAUUUUCCGACAGUACGACAGGCAGCAGUUUAUUUGAUUUUUGUGAUGGUGAAAAAUUGUCUGUUGGGUUUAUGGAGCUGCUUGGUGUUAAAAAUGGUGAAUUUAAGGAUUAUUGUUCGGAGGUUGUGAACCCUCCGGACACCCCUAAUUCCUCCUCCAUCUCCUCCCCCUCUACCGACGCUGCCGAUCAUGAGGCCGACGGUGAAAAUCAGCAGCAGCAGCAGCACAAGCCCAGUAGUAAUCCUUUGAAGGUGAAGAGGAGGAAGCAAAAGAGAGAGAAGGGGCAAAGAUUUGCUUUCAUGACCAAGAGUGAGGUCGAUCAUCUCGAAGAUGGGUAUCGAUGGAGGAAGUACGGCCAAAAAGCGGUCAAAAACAGCCCUUUUCCUAGGAGCUAUUAUCGAUGCACCAAUGCAUCUUGUAACGUAAAGAAGAGAGUUGAACGAUCUUUUGUUGAUCCAACCGUCGUGGUCACCACCUACGAAGGCCAACACACUCACCCAAGUCCGAUUCUCACUCGGUCCGCCCUAGCCAUCGCCACUCCACCUCGGCCCUCUGUUGACAUGUUAGGAGGAGGUUGUGUCGAUGUUGCACCCAUACCAUGGCUCAAAGCUAGCAACGACACUCAUGCAAUAUCUCAUCAAUACAUACAAAACUCGACCUUCUUCACUCCCCAACAUUCAACCGUCGAUUACAACCGCAGCCUCAUCGGAGCAGCGAACAUGGCCGGAUUUCUUCCCGAGAACAGAUUGCGCAACCCAAAUCCUGCUUUUCUGGCCGACCAUGGGCUGCUUCAAGAUGUUGUUCCUCCUCAUAUGCUCAAACAGGAGUAAAAAAGAAUAAACUUUACAAUACGUUUAGACAUAUAUAUAUAUAUAUCUAUGUAUAUAU